GUAAUAAAUAAGAGAAAUUUUACAAUGCUAUAUAGUAUUGGUGCUAUAGAUUUUUGCUUUAAUUGUACAACUUAAAAUUGUACUUUUAUGUUAUGGUACAACUUUCGAUUGUACCUAUACUUUUUGUAUAAAUUCUUUUAUGGUACAACUUGAACUUGUAUCUUUAUGUGAUGGUACAACUUCAAGUUGUAAAGUUGUACCAUAACAUAAUUGUACAAAUUGCUUUAUGGUACAACCUAAACUUAUACAUUUAAUGUUAUGGUACAACUUUACAACUUGAAGUUAUACCAUCACAUAAAGGUACAAGUGAUCAGUAAAUACUAUAUAGCAUAGUAGAAGUGCUCAGUAAAUAAUAGUAUUGAAAAAGAAAAAAAAAAUAGAAACGUUUGAGUGAUAGAGUCCAAAAUCAAGUAAUCAACUCGUUACUCUGGCUGGCGCACAAACGCAUCAACUGAUCAACAGCAACGCCGGCGGCCGUCACACUGCCUCUCCCGGAUAUACAGAGCCGACUCCUAGAGCUUACAACGAACCAGCAGCAAGAUCAAAUCGCAGCCAAUCCAGAAGCUCUUGAAGAUGGCCGGCACCGGCGGCGGGGAGCUCAAGUACGAGAUGGCACAGAACGCCUACAUCAAGCUCGUCCUCCACGCCCUCAAGCACAAGACCUCCGCCGUCAACGGCGUCUUGCUCGGCCGCACUUCUCCUAAGAACGAAAGCCUCAUCCAGAUCGAAGAUUCCGUCCCGCUAUUCCACAAUCACCUUGGUCUCCUCCCUCCUCUCGAGAUCUCCCUCAUCAUGAUAGAGGAGUACUAUAGUGCUCGAGGUCUUGGAAUUGUGGGGUACUUCCACGCGAAUGAGAGGUUUGAUGACACAGAGCUUGGUAAUAUAUCGAAGAACAUUGCUGAUCACAUCUCUCGCUAUUUCCCACAGGCUGCUGUUCUAUUGCUAGAUAACAAGAAGCUUGAAGCUUUACCAAAAGGGAAAGACCGCAGCCCUGUUGUGCAGCUUUACACAAAGGAUGCAUACAAGAACUGGAAGCUGGUUGCGGAAGAUGGGGGCAUUCACUUGACAUUUAAGGAACCAGCUGCAAAUACCAUCUUACUGGACUACAUUUCUUCCGAGAAGUGGCAAGAGGUGGUUGAUUUUGAUGAUCACCUCGAUGACAUUACCAAGGACUGGUUGAACCCAGAUCUGUUCAAGUAAAAGCACCUUGUUUGGAUGUGCAUCUUGGCUAUGCUCCAUUUUCACUUGAUGGCAAGGUUGGCUGAUCUUGAUGUACUAUGUCGGUAUCAUAUCACGACUCACAGAGGCAACAAGUUCUUUUGCGCGUUCGCCGUGGGAAAUUUUUGUAGCUUGUAUUCAUGGAAAAGAAACAUCCUUUCCAUGCUUAACUUUACCAGUUCCUGGGUACCUUUGUUUUCUGAACUAUAGCUUCACUGCAUCAAUCUGGUUUGUUAAAAGUUGCACCGAAAGUUACCCAAGUAGCAUCAUCCAUGCUUAAAUCUUAAUGUAACUGACAAUGAGAUCCCAAACUUUUUUUUUUUUUUUUUUGGUAGAAAUCCCAAACUUUUUUGUUCCAAGUGCUGCAGCAGUUCUAUGGAAUAUUGUUUUGUUUUAAUCAAAAUUCAGUUUAUGA